GUGGUCCUGCUAAAGCAGUUUUUCGGCUCCCUUCCAUCGACCCGCUUAGCUCGCACCCUCGCUCGCAUGGCCGGCUUGACCCUGUUUGUGGGUGGUCUCCCCUCCUCCGCCCGCAGUGAGCAGCUAGAGCAGCUGUUCAGUCAGGUGGGGCCGGUGAAGCAGUGCUUCGUGGUGACUGAGAAAGGGAGUAAGGCAUGUAGAGGCUUUGGGUAUGUCACUUUUUCUAUGCUGGAAGAUGUUCAGAGGGCCCUCAAGGAGAUUACCACCUUUGAAGACUGCAAGAUCAAUGUGACUGUUGCCAAGAAAAAACUGAGGGACAAGGCAAAGGAAAAAGGGAAAAAUGAAAAUCCAGAGUUCUCAAAGAAGGACUUGAAGCCUAAAAAAGCUAAAGUGGCAGAUAAGAAAGCCAGAUUAAUUAUUCGGAACUUAAGCUUUAAGUGUUCAGAAAUUGACUUGAAGACAGUAUUUGCUCAAUUUGGAGCUGUCCUGGAAGUAAAUAUCCCUAGGAAACCAGAUGGAAAGAUGCGUGGUUUUGCUUUUGUUCAGUUCAAAAACCUCCUAGAAGCAGGUAAAGCUCUCAAAAGCAUGAACAUGAAAGAAAUAAAAGGGCGGACAGUGGCUGUAGAUUGGGCUGUUGCAAAGGAUAAAUAUAAAGAUACUCAGUCUCUUUCUGCCCCAGGUGAGGAAAAGAGCCAUGAACCUAAACCUCAGUUAUCAGUUAAAAAGAAUAGUGGGGAGAAAGAGGAUAUGGAAAAGGAAGAAGAAGAUGAUGAAGAAGAAGAUGAUGUUGAAGUUGAUGGUGAUGAUGACGAUGAUGAUGACAGUGACAGCAAUGAAGAGGAGGAGGAUAAAGACUCAAAGGUGACAAAGACUGUGCAGAUGCAAAAGAGAGCAAUCAAGAGAGCACCUCCGGCAGAAAGCAGUGAAGAAGACCAUUCUGAUGAGGACUUGGAGGAAAGAGUUAGUAUUGGUGAUGAAGAGGAACUGGCUCAGAGUGAUGCUAGCACUGAGGCACAAGAGGAUGAAGAUGUGGAAGUCUCAAGGAAAAAGAAAAAGAAAUUACCAUCUGAUGUGAAUGAAGGAAAAACUGUUUUUAUCAGAAAUCUGUCUUUUGACUCAGAAGAAGAAGACCUUGGGGAACUCCUCCAGCAGUUUGGAGAUCUUAAAUAUGUCCGAAUUGUGUCGCAUCCAGACACAGAGCAUUCUAAAGGUUGUGCAUUUGCCCAGUUCAUGACUCAAGAAGCAGCUCAGAAAUGCCUUAGUGCUGCUUCUGCAGAGAAUGAGGGUGGUGGGCUUAAAUUGGAUGGCCGGCAGCUCAAGAUUGACUUGGCAGUAACCCGUGAUGAGGCUGCAAAGCUUCAGACAAAGAAAGUGAAGAAGCCAACAGGAACCCGGAACCUCUACCUGGCCCGAGAAGGCUUGAUUCGUGCUGGGACGAAGGCUGCAGAGGGUGUGAGUGCCGCAGAUAUGGCCAAAAGAGAACGGUUUGAGCUGCUAAAGCAUCAGAAACUCAAGGACCAGAAUAUCUUUGUCUCCCAGACCAGACUCUGUCUGCACAAUCUCCCAAAGGCACUGGAUGACAGACAACUCAGAAAGCUGCUACUAGAUGCUACAAGAGGGGAGAAGGGGGUGCGCAUCAAGGAGUGUAGGGUAAUGCGAGACCUUAAAGGAGUUCAUGGGAACACAAAGGGUCAGUCCCUGGGCUAUGCCUUUGCAGACUUCCAGGAGCACGAGCAUGCCCUCCGAGCCCUCCGCCAUAUCAACAACAACCCAGAAAUCUUUGGGCCUCAGAAGAGACCAAUAGUGGAAUUCUCUUUGGAAGAUCGAAGGAAACUUAAAAUAAAGGAACUAAGGAUCCAGCGCAGCCUGCAAAAAAUGAAAUCCAAGCCUGCAACCAGUGAGCCCCAGAAAGGCCAACCUAGGAAAGACCAGCAACAGAAGGCAGCUCAAAACCACACAAAGGAACAAAGCAAGCCUCCCCCAGAGCAGAAGGGGAAGGCAGGCUCCACCUCAUGGGCGGGGUUCCAGACCAGGGCUGAAGUGGAGCAGGUAGAGCUGCCUGAUGGAAAGAAGAGAAGAAAGAUCCUGGCACUCCCUUCACACCGGGGCCCCAAGAUCAGGUUGCGGGACAAAGGUAAAAUGAAAUCCCUCCCCCCCAAAAAGCCAAAGCUCCAGAAAAACCAGUGGAGGCAAGAGAAACAGCAAUUAUCUUCCAAGCAGGUACCUAAGAAAAAAGCUAAAGGAAAUAAGACAGAAACCCGCUUCAACCAGCUGGUUGAACAAUAUAAGCAGAAAUUGUUGGGACCUUCUAAAGGUGCACCUCUUGCAAAAAGGAGCAAAUGGUUUGAUAGUUGAUAGUGCCAGCAGACUGGCUAAGAAGCCAGGUUGUGUACUUUUUGAUGAUGCUCCCAAGUUCAUUCCUACUCCCCGUGUCUUCUAAAGGAAAGAAAAUCCCUGAGGGCACUGUUACUCUGUUAGGAGGCUCCCUGAGCUAUGCACAUCUGAGCUUUGGUCCCUCCUCAGUGUGUGGUUGGUUAGCCACAAAGGGAAAUGUCCAAAAAACAUCAUGAUGCUUCUUACACAUUAUCCAAAUUAUU